GGAAAUUCGAAUUCGGAUAAAUUCGAAAAAAUGGCGCCAUUUAAAAUUGUCUUCCGCCACUGCAUGUGAAUAACUCAUCGCCGGCGUCCCAAAAUGUCUCUAGCUACGAAAAUGUCGCGUCCGGAGCUACACAAAACCGAUUCCACGGGUUCGGGUCCUCCGGAUUCAGAUUCAUUGCUUUCAGAACCUCCAGAUAUUGGAAACUGGUUUUCGAGCUACGUAUAUGAAUCCCCCGAGCUGAAUACAUUGGAUGGGUUGCAAGAUUUUCAUGGGCCUAGAGAAACUUGCCUCGAGGAAGGAAAGAAGGGGAAAUCCGGAGAAAUUCCAGUGGCGGUUGAAUCAAUUGAUGGCUCGGUUUCUGCAGGCAGGAAACUGUUGGGUAAAGCUAUCGACUGUGGAAAAUCGGAUGAACUCGAACACGUCAAAUUAGCUGCAACGGUUGCAGGAUCAUCAGAAUCGCUAUCGUUUUCUUCAGAGCCUCCUGACAUUAAGAACUGGUUCUCAAGCUAUUUCUAUGAGUCGUCACCGCUGGACACAACUCGUGAUUUUACAGUAUCUGAGUAUAGAGUGAAGGAAGAUUGUGAAUUAUAUAAUGCUCAAAAGAACCACAAAAAUGAGAACUGUGGUGUUAUGGACUUUGAUGUUAAAGGAAGUAUAGAGCUGCCCAAUCAAAGUAGAACCUCAUGUGUGGUUGUCAAAUGCACCAAUUUGGUCGAAGAUAGCAAAGUGGACUAUAAACCACUUGGCACAGCUGAUGUUCAUAAUGGUUCUCUUACGCCAAUGUCUAGUCGGUCGACUCACAGAAAUAUUUCCCAGCAAAUCUUGCCUGAAAAGAGAACAGCGAACUGUGAUCUUGGUUCCAGUCAAAAGUUUGGAGACACAAAUACCAAUGGCGAAGAUAACGACAUGAAGUUAGAUUCCAGUUUGUUUGAAAGAACUGCUCCUAAAGAAAACAAUUAUAUUCCAAAGUUGGCAGGAAGUAAAGAUUGCACUAAAGAUAGCUUAGAAGAGGAAGAUAUAAAAGAAAUUGCUUCACCUGGUAUUUUAGGUUCACCAGUGUCUAAAGAAGAUUCCUCCAGAAAUCGUGCUAACAUGAGAAGCACUGGAAAGGAGAACAAGAAGACCGAACUAUUCGAAAAUGGUUUCGUUUCUGUAAGGAAAGGAAGCAAAGAAAAUGCUGGCAACUUAACUAAGCCUGCACGUUUUCAGUUUGAGUCCUCAGGACAUGAAGUAAAACCUGUGAUGAGAUGUCAGAAGAAUGCAAACACAUGUAGGAAAGUUUUGUCUGAAACAACUAACUUUCUCUCUCCUGUAGUAGUUGAAAGUACUGGAAAAUGGUGUUGCCCUCAGAAGAAUAAACCAGACAAUGGUCCACCUCGAAAGCAGCUUCGGCUGGAGCAAUGGGUUCAUCGAGUAUAAUGUAAUAUUUCGAGACUGUACACUUGCUGCUAGAAACAUUGUUUGUUUGAUAGGUACUCAUUCUUUACUUUAACUUGUUAAGAGUUUGAGUUUGGUUGAUAAGUUUUUAAUAUAUGCUUGAUUGGCCUCUUCAGUUAAGUCUGGUUUUAACAUAUGAAGAUUCAGUGGAUGUUGAUUCAUUCUUUCAUGG